AUCGUUAGUGCAUAGAGAGAGCAUGGCAUGGCAUGAAUGGAAUGACGCAAGUCAGUCACUCACGAUGCCCUCGCCCCCGAGCUCAGACGACCCAACGACACCGUACCGUGCACUCACUACUCACUCUCCUCUGGGUGCUGUGCCUGUCUGAGGCACACCAGCUCUAGACAGAAUCAAUCGAUCACCUCGACUAACAACCACACCAUCCAUCCACCCACACCAACAAGAAAAUGCGCGUCUUCUGCUCUGCCCGUCCCCCACAGCCCAGCCCCCCACCGGCCACGCAUGCCGUCCUUUCGCAGGGCGCCCACACCACAAGAAACAAGACGGUCGAUCGGUCAUGGUCUCUCUCGUACGCGUGGAUGGAUGGAUGACACACUCACACCCGUGGCACAGACAGACAGCUAGUAAAUCACUUGGGAACGAACGGAGCACUCUAUGCGGCAUAGACUGAGUGGCUGGCCUGCCUGCCUGCCUAGUUGGAUGGAUGGAUGGAUGGAGGAGGUGGACCACUCCAUCCACUGCUCUAGAUGAAUUGGUUGGUGCUCGGAUGACAGACAGACGUCCAUGCAGCCUAGCCUGGCGAAGUGGCUCUAAUUACAUAUGUAUGUAUACCUCGCGACGGAUUUGGUCGCACAGACAAACAAACGCCAUACGCGCAGUCACACACACACUGCAUGCCCCUCCCCCUCCCCCUCCCGAGCCCAUAUCUUCCUCCGCCCCCACGUCAUGUGUGUCUUCACUCUGUCUUGUAGAUGUGGGCGCCGUCGGAGGGCUGCAAGGCAAACACGGAACAGACAGACAGACAGACAGGCCAUCCAUCCAUCCAUCCAUGUGUGUGGGUGUGGGUGUGUGUGGGUGCGUCUGUAUGUCGUCAUCUCACCUCAGCGAGGAAUGCCCGCGGCUCGUCGACCUUCAGACCUGCCUCAGCAGACGCUGCAGCCACAACAUUGCCACCAAUCCAAUCAAAGAUGGUUUUUGGUGCCGCAAACAAACAGGAAUGCAAUGCAUUUAGUUGUUCGUUCGUACCUUUGACAGUCUCGAGGAAUUUCGAGUACUCAGCCAGCUGAACCGACGACAGACACAGCAGAGAGAGGCACAUAGAUCGAUUAGAUAAUUGUAUUCCGUGACAUGGCCAUGCAUGGCUCCCCCUCCCCCCCUCUGGCUGACUGACCACAGUGUCUUUGACGGCAUCGCUCUUGGUCUUGUCCACCAGGCACACCACACACCCGCCGAAGCCGCCCCCAGUGAUUCGCGCGCCAUACGCCCCAGGCUGCUCGCGAGCCAGUUCCACUAUGCGGUCUGAAGGAUCCAAUCCGUGCAGACAGACACAUAUGAGAGUUGAGGAGCCAAGGCGAGCCGCCAACAGUGACUGACCGAUUUCGGGCGUCGAGACCUCGAAGUUGUCCCGGAGCGACGCGUGGCUCUCAUACCUUAACAUAACAGAGAGAGGGAACCAGCAGUGAAGAAUCGGUCAGUGUGGGCUGGCUGCUGUGCUGUGUGUUGUGGGUCCCCUCAUACAUGAGAGUGCCGGCGGCCUUCCAGUCCUUGGCCUUGAGCUUGUCCGCAAACUGCAGGCACCUGAUAUAUGUGAUGUGGACGGACGACAGGACGACAGACAGACAGACAGACAGACAGACAAGAGUCGUGCCGUGCCUCCCCCACAAACACGACAGUUCUUGCUUGCUCUGUUAAAAUUACCUGUCGUUCUCAGCAACCACAUGGCUGGCCCGGCGGAACGUCUGCAGCACAGCACAGCACCCCCACACACACUUUGGCUUUCAUGAGCAAGCGGCGUCGCAGAUAUCGCCUGUUUGCCUGCGCGUUGACAUGACCUCAUCAUCGAUCUCGCCGGCCGCCUUGGCGUCCUCGAGCAUCGCCAGGGUCACAUCACGCAACAUACUGAGCAACACAUACACACACAUCACACGUGUGGCGGAUGACUGACGGAUGGCUUUCGCCAGACCAAUCCUCACGUGACUUUGGGGUGUUUCUUUUGCACGAUUUCCACGGCCUUCUGGCACUGGUUCUUGCGCGUGGAGUAGGCUCCGUCCACCAACGCGUGACGCACAGCAGAGUCUGCAAGCCACGAUGGAUGGGAUGGCAGCCCAGCCACACAUGUAUAUCAUCCCGUCCAUCAUUGAUUGAUUGCAGGGUGAUGCGAUGCGAUGCGUGUCGUCAGUCAGGGUGACUGCUGGUGAGUGCUGUGGUGGUGGUACCUACCGAUGAUGAGAACGUCGAUGUCGUCUGCCUCCAUUGGCACCAGACUGGGCUGUUUCGACCGACAGUCCAGCAGCAUGGCGUGCUUGGCUGGAGGAACCGACGGAUGGAUGGAGGGACAGAUCAGAUGGAUGGAUGGAUGCCACACAGAACAGAGGCAGAUGGGGAAAGACAGACAGACAGAGGUGAGUGGGUGUCGAAUUGGAUCGGCGUCUGGUGAGUGUCUGUCUCACCCCGUCCGCAGCAUGAGAUGGCCUGGUCCAUGAGUCCACAGGGCAUCUUGGCCCACUCGUGCUCGGCCUUCUGGCAGCUGACCGAUCAAUUCACCGAUCCGAUCAACACCAGACAUCCACACAGGCCACACAGAAGUGGAAAACGCCUCAUCGCAUCGCUGCCUGCCCCCUUUGUCCCUUUCUUUCUCACCCACUUACCAUACGGCUUUCUCCAUGGGAGCCAUGCUCACACCCACGGCCACCUCCAUCGCCGUCGCACUCGCCACCUCCUGACGCCAACCAACCAACCAACCCAGGUGACGUGACACCUGUGUUGUGUAUGAUCUGACUGAGUGACCGACUGACUGACCACAGCUGCUGAGCUGCUGAGUCCGCCCCCCAGUGGGACGGUGGUCAGGACCACCGCAUCAAAGCCCUCAGGCAGCGGCUUCUUGACCGCAUCGCAGUAGAUACGCAUCGCGCCAACGACGUAGCUCCACCUGCAAUGAAUGCACCACACACAACACAAGCGACACACGCACGUGUCCGUCGAUUAAUCGAGAAGGGCUCGCUGACUGACCAGGGGACGUCUCCGUCCUGCGGCUGUUCUGGCAGUGUGUCGACUUGGAGGGUGUCCUUGACCUCGCGGCUGUAGAUGCGGUAGCCCUUGGAUGUGGGCGCCAGUGCUAUCACACACUUCCUGACGCCCCACAAACACACACACGCGCACACACGCCAGACGAAGGAAAACAAGUGCACUGAAUGCAGUGCAGUCCAGCACUUUUGUGCGCAGCACCACCUAUCGCACCUGUCGAGUGCGAUAGGGAAGACGAAGCCCUCCUGGUAGUCGGUGUGCUCGCCUAUCAUGUUGACACGGCCUGCACGACACACACACAAAGCGGCAAUAUGUAAGCUGUCUCCCGGGCGUACCAGGUGCGGCGACGACAAUUGUGGGUGCAGACUUGAACUUGUCCUUGAAGACGGCAAUGGCCUCCUCACACGCACCGUCAGGCGCAACCACCUUGGUCGACUCGGGCUUGUCGCCAGUGCUGCCGCCUGCAGACAGAUCACACACAAGAAGCAAGACACACACAAGCACAAAGUGGGCGAUUCGGCUGGUGUGCCAGUCUGUCGGCUGCCGUGUGCUGCCGCGGCGCUGGACGCUCACUCACCCAUCAAGUUGCCCAUGGCUGCUAUGAGGACAGAUGCCGCGAAGAGUCUCUUUUGAGAGAGAAAAGUUGACAGAUCUUGCAGUCGCGGUGGAGGAGCAGUAGGCAGAGAAGCACAACGGCCUCCACAACCACAAUGGCGUCUGACUCACUCGGG